AAGCCCGUGCCGAAAUCGGCCUGGCCCAGCCCAACCUGGCCUGAUGACGCACUUCAUCGAUAACUGAAAACGCGCGGCGGCCGAAGCUUCAGAAAGAUCUCUUCGACGGCCAGAGAGAGAGAGAGAGAGAGAGAGAGAGGGAGAGACUGAGAGUGAGAAAUGGUGAAGAAAACCACCGAGUCAGAGGAGGGAGCUUCUGCUGAAACCAUCGAAAAGGCCUCUGAGAAGACUGUAGUGUUGAAACCAAAGGCAUCGGCGAAGACGAAGAGGGCGGCGAAACCCAAAGCCAAGACAAAGAAGAAAACAAAGAAAGAGGACGCCAACAAGCCAAGAAAGCCCCCAACUGCAUUCUUCUACUUCUUGGAAGAUUUUCGGAAGGAAUUCCAAGAGAAGAAUCCGGAUGUCAAGUCGAUGCGUGAUAUUGGCAAGGCUUGCGGAGAGAAGUGGAAAACAAUGACCUAUGAGGAGAAGGUUCAAUACUAUGACAUAGCCACAGAGAAAAGAGCCGAGUUUGAGGAGGCCAUGCAAGAGUAUAUCAAGAGGAAGGAAAGAGGUGAGGAUCAAGAAAGUGAAAGCGAGGAUUCGGAUUAUUGAAAGCCUAUAAUGAUUGGUUGGGUUGGUAGAAGAUGGUCAAAGUAGAAUUAGAAUGCACUGACACAGGUUUAUAUUAACUUCAUAGGACAGAAAUGCUUCUCAUUGCAUCCAAGUUAUGCUCUUCUGUAACAUUUUCAUUGUAUAUCAUUUUACUCAUUAAUUAGAAUUAGAUUGUGAAGAAAUCUUUUAUUUGGACUUCCCACAAUUGAAAAGCUAUCACCAAA